CACUCGACCGUCUGUAGCGGCAGCGUUUAGUCAUAUCAUUCAUCCUCUCUCAGUUCGGUUCGGUUCGAUUGGGUCGAGCCAGCCAAAGCAGAGUCAGACCAAAAGUAGAGUCGGUGGAGGGCGCGCGCGUUCAGUUUUUUUUGUCCCGCUGUGUGUCUUCAGUUCUGUUCAAUUUUAAAAGUUUGUAAGUUAGUUUGAUCAACUUUAAGCGUAGCAGCCGCCGCCAAGCAACAACACAGCAAAAAAGAAAAGUAAAAAAACGUUCUGCUUGUUGUUAGUGUGCUUUUCCCGUCUGAUCGCAACAAGCGGACCUACGAAAAAGACUAGAAUAUUUUUCGGUGUUUAAAUGGAAAACAUUCGAAGCGCCACAACAGCACGAUUCUGAUUGGAGUUUUUGGUGGAAACGCGAGUUUAUAGUGUUUGAUUUGCCCCCGCAAGUGAAUAAGAAAUUGCGAAACAGAGAGAUUGAUUUCGGCCCAUUUUUGCCAAUAUAUUUUCGACGAUACCUCAGAGUUUGGAUGUGUGUAUUUGUUGGAAGAAAAAAUUGCGACGACGGCGAGAGACAACACCUGAGAUUUUGCAGGUCGCAGUGUGCCGUGAACAAUAAUCAUCGUCAUUUAUCAUAGCAAGCAACGACAGACGAUUGACGCAAGACGGGGAACAAGUGUGUCCGGGGACAGACUGAAAAAAAUUCAUAAAACAGAAGCAAAUAAAAAGUGACAGUAGUGUGACAGAAGAGAAGAAAAGGGAGCGAGUGUAUUCAUGAAUUCAGAUUGAAUGUGUAGAAAUCACGAAAAUACUUUAACUACUAUAAUGGCGCACGGACUACAUGCGAUGAUCAAAAGUGAAAUUGGAUGCGGUGGAGCAUCAGCAGCAAUGGUUAAGCCACGGAUGACAAACGGAGGUGCAGGCGCUGGCAAGAUGGGUUCCCGGAGGAUUUUCACGCCCCAGUUCAAGCUGCAGGUGCUCGAUUCGUACCGGAACGACAACGACUGCAAGGGCAACCAGAGGGCUACCGCACGCAAGUACGGCAUCCACCGGAGACAGAUUCAAAAGUGGCUGCAGGUGGAGAACAAUUUGCGGUCGGCAGCGGCCAACAGUGCCUCCGGUUCGGCAACAGGAGCCAGCGCGAUGAAAAUCAAUCUUCUAAGUGCCACCAACAGUAGUGCCAAUCACCACCAUCAUCAUCAGCAGCAGCACCAGUCACCAUUUCAACUCCAUCCGCCACACCAUCACCAUCACAGCAGUGGCAGCAUUCACCAUCAGAAUCUAAAUUCCAUCGAACUAAAAGUGCCUCUGGACUCCGCCAGACACCGCGUCGCUGGCGCUAACAGCAGCAACAUCAUCAUCAGCAGCAACGGCAAAGAGAGCAACGGCAGUGGCGCUUGUAUAAUAUCGCCCGUUCCCACCCAUACAAUGGCACGUUCGCCGCUGUUCUCACAUCCACAUGAAACGCCAUCGUCGUCAGCAAGUCUAUCGGCAGUACUUAAAACUCACGGCGGCCGCGAAUCGAAUGCGGCGGCUGUUUCUUCCUCAAUCGUAGCACCGCGUCCGAGCUUUUCUCCAGUCGCCGGAAGCCCGGACUUCCCUGACGGCUACGAUCGGCUUCAUCUGCUAGAUCCUUACUACCCCCACCACUAUCUUCCAUAUCAUGCCAAAUUUGCCGUCGAUUGCCCGAUCGAUUUGUCCCUGCCCCAGCCAUACCGCCACAGUAAUAAAGUGAUGGACCAACAAGCUCUCUCGCCCUGCUCAACCACCUCAUCGGCGUACUCAUCACGGCCAAGAUCUUCCACGCCAACUUCCUCGCUAACCGGCGCGGAAAUCAAGUGCGAACCCGUUACACCCCGAGAAGAGAACUCCGGAGAAGCCGUCGACUUAUCCUGCCGCAAACGGAAAUCAAACAGUCCGGACGGCGCCAGCCCUCCAAAGUCCGUGAAACUGUUCAAGCCAUAUCUCCUGGAUGAAGACGACUCGGCCGAAGACAAAGACGCUGACAAGGACUCCUCAAUCGAAUCACCUGGGAUCGCCGAGUCCCCCCGGGACCCGGACCAGCCCGGGAGGCCCGAUUAUCCGAUCAUUUGGAACUUUCAUGCCCACCAGCAGCAGCAACAGCGAUCGUACUACGAGAACCUGUACGAAUAUGGUUACCCGUUAACAGCCCAGGGACCGCCUUGGAUCCCACCGCAAGCUUCCCCGGUUUCCGGCUACGACAGCUCCACCUCGAUCUCAUCGGUUCACAGCAACGGAGGCGGAGGGGACGGCGAUCUGCGCCAACAGGCCAUCGAAAGUUUCUACCACGAUGUGAGCUGCCGCGGGGACUUUCACGCCGUCGCCUCCAAGUACAAUAUCCAGCGGAAGUUUGUGGAGAGGUGGUUGGCUCAGGAUGAGGUUGCUGGAGUGACUCCGCCCACUUUGGUGGGCGGUGGAGCUCAACCGCUGGUCGUCGGGUAAGAAGUGCCAUCUAGCAGUGUAUACUAAUUCAGUAGGGAUUUCGUUAGUGUGAUAAGGCAAAGGAAAACAACAUACGCAAGUAUACUGUACGAUUUAGUCCUGUGAUUUCCGGAGAUAGAGUUUUGCGGUUUAGGAGAAGGAGGAUCAUCUAAUGAUCGCUCCAGUCCAGUCCAAUAUAGUUAGGCCAUUCGCGGGACAGGGACUCGUUUGUUGAACAUAACUGAAAUGUGAUAUUUAUAACCUAUAUAUCUAUAUCUAUUUUUGUAAUAGCGUGUAGGGACACACACAGAGAGCUAGAGAAAGUUUGUCAGGAUGAGGGUGGGACUCUGGUAGGAAGAUAGUUCCAAACGGAUUCCUCGUUGAUGGUUGUGUUGAUCACUGUCGUUGUCGUUCGGAGCAGGUCUCCGAAAUUUACCGGGUGUUGAAAUCACUUGCGAAGGUAAAUAUGCUAAUUUUCUCUUCUUCGGGUCUACACCCGGUGAAAAUUUCAAAUCCGUAAUUAGCAUAACAAUUGGCUUUUAUUAGUGUUGCCUAGAUCUUUCAGUUCGGUGGUCCUUCGAACCGCUUCCUUCCACAGGUGUUGUCUGGGGGUUGUACCUUUCUCGGGAACGGGGCAAUAAAAUUUACGGUCAGGAUCGCAGGUAGAUCCUGGCCACUGUCCCUGUACCUUUCUUUAAUGCAGGUGCCAUAUACGCACACACAAACUAAUUUGUGUGUACGAGCAAAGUGCGAAACUGGGGACUGACCUGAUCAGACACCAGCAAGCAAGGGGGUAGUAAAAAGCAGUAACACCUUUCACCUUGUUGAUCCUCAACGCGCCACACACCGGCUGCAGUAAAAUCGUUAAGGCCCUCGGGGCGAGAGAAGUACAUACCUAAUACAGUAAGCCGUCGGAUUUUCCCAUAAUUCCCUCGGAUCUUGGUGUUUAUGGCUGGACGAACUAACACGAUGCGGAGUCUUUUCGCCCGAAAAAUUCUCCGCCUCGAAAAAAUUCUUCCGAUCUCAGCAAGCUUUUGCUGGCUGCCGCUUCGUCGAUAUUCUAGUGCACUACGAUGUAGUGUGCUCCGAACAAAACCAACAAAACAAGAUGGCCGCCAGGAGCAGGGCGCAUGCUGCGUCACUUGCACCUUUUUACUUCUUUUUAUCGGCGUUACAUCAGUGAUGAUCCUCCACGAUUCGCGCGUGCGAAAAAUUGCACCACUUUCAAACUAAAUAAUAUUAGGGGUGCCGACUGAACUAAACUAAUGAUCGCGGCAGCAAUGAUCAUGAUGAUUGAACAAUCGGCUCACUCACUCACUAGUUUGGCGUUUUUUUUCUGCCGCAUUUUUUGUUGAUCCGGUGUAACCGAGGGGGUGCAAUCACAAAUAAAGGUGCCACUAAUUGCCCACACACAGCGACAGACAGACAGCAAGUCUCGUCGUCAACUCUUACGUGUUUCCCUAACUUUGGCACAGUCAUUUUUUUUUUUCCUAGAAAAUUCUUCUUGCUUUUCGAAGCGAACUAGCUGUUUUAAAAAUUGCUACCUUAGCCUACUGCCACUAGAAACAAAAUUAAAAAAAAAAAAACAACAGAGUCACAUUACGCCAAUUGCAAGUGAUUUCAGCGAUAUUUUUGUACCACCGACAAACAACCGACAUCAACGACGAAUCCCUGCGGUUCACUUUUUCUUUUGAUCAGGUCCGCCUCUUUCGCGGUUAAAAUGAAAAACAGUUGAUUAAAAGUAAUAAAAAAAAACAAAUCAAAAACAAUUAUAUCAUCAUCGUGAGAACCAAGCGACGAAAUCCUGUCAAAUACUUUAAAAUGAUGAACGAUUUUGUGAAUAUCAAGUGCCUAAUAAGAGUAAACAUAAUUAGAAACCACAACAAAGGAGUAGUAAAAACUGAAAGCUAGAAGAUUCGUCAGGUUAGAUAAGAAAAACCAUCAUAAUUCAAGUGCCAAUACAAAACAGAAAGCAAACCGCUUUUAAGAUUAAUAAUAACGAAUAAAAAAAAGGAAACACAAUAUCAGCAGGCAAAUUGUAAACAAUAAUCAAAACAAAACUCAUCUCUUUACAUAAUUCUAAAUAUUAAAAUUGAAAAACAAAACUCAAGGUAGACUUACGAAAAGCCUCCAAAUCAGUCAAGUUUCGGAUCAUUUUGUAAAUACCUAGUAGUUUAAAGUAGGCGUUUCGGUUUUCAAAAAAACUGAAAUGAACCAAGCAAGCCAUGAGUUUCAGAUUUCCAUUCAUCGACCUUUGAUUUUCCCUUCCCGCCUUCCCUUUUCCCUGUCAAGAUUUCCAUGUGAAAUUUGUUAACGAUUAUCAAGAAAACAAACAAAACAAAACAUCAACUGAUUGUCAUAAUUUAUCUAGUUGACUAGUGCUUAGGAAUACUAGCUGUUAAGGUUAAAAUAUGAUGAAAAAAAAUCUAAAACAAAAAUAAACAACAACAAGUAUACCGCUUAGUUUUGCGUUUUCCGUUUCCGUAAGGCUAUUUGUACUAAUUAAUAUUAUUAUUAUUAUAAAAUAUUAUUACUCUAUAUUUGAUUAUCGGAAAACAAAUUAAAAAAAAAAAACCUUUAUCGAAUCAGUUUUGUGUAGCUUAGUCCCUCCCCCCGAUUCUGUUGUGUAAUUGUAAAUAUCGUAUUAAGAAAAACUAAAAUCACACCCCAUAGGUAACUGACGCCAUAUUUGUUUGAGCUAAGCUUGCAGCGAAAGGAUAUGUAUUGAAUAAGUGAGAUCAGGAGAAUCAAAAACCCUAAUUGUAUUUUAUAGUUAUGCCUAAAAAUUAUAUUGUAUACAAACCUUUGUAUAGAAGCAAGCUAACAAGCAACAGGACUGAUGAGCCGCCAUAACUAAAACAAAAAUUAAGAACUGGUGGUUUCUUUUGUUAAUCGAUCAGAGAAGAACAUUGGAAUAUUAUUAAUAACAAUAAUAAAGAUGCAAAAUAUAUCUACCUUAUGAUAGUUGGAAGUAAAUUAUCAUAAUAAAAUCAUAAA